AUGUCUUCUGCAAUUCCAGACCUCCCUACGGAGCCAACCAAAGGUGAUGGCCGCGGCACAUUUCUCUUAGCUAUAUGUUGCUUUGUUGCUACGGCCAAUUCGGCCACAAUUGGAUAUGAUUCCUCCAUGAUGAACGGCCUGCAAAUAUUGCCCUCAUAUAUUGAGUACUUCAAUCUAAACACUCAUCUCAUUGCCCUCAAUGUCGCCAUCGUCUUUGCAGGUUCUGUACUUGCCAUGCCUUUCGCCGGCCCCAUCAGCGACAAAUACGGCCGAAAAUGGGGUAUGGCAAUUACUUCGAUCAUCGCCAUAGUUGGCGCAGUGAUUCAGAGCGCAGCUGUACAGGAGGCCAUGUUUUGCAUUGGUAGACUGCUUGUGGGGUUUUCUGUCACCACUGGUGCCACGGCAGCUCCAGCAUAUAUCUCUGAGGUUGCUCAUCCUAAGCAUCGUACUAUGCUUACUGGUCUAUACGGUACCUCUUGGUAUGUCGGUAGCUUGAUGGCCGCUGGAAUUACAUACGGAAGUCAGUUCAUUGACUCAACCUGGUCUUGGCGAGUUCCAUCUCUGCUGCAAUUAAUCCCCUCUAUCUGCUGCAUCCUCCCUCUGCCUUUUCUGCCAGAGAGCCCAAGAUGGCUAGUCUAUCAAGACCGCCAUGAGGAAGCACGCGAUAUUCUUGUCAAGUAUCACGGUGAUGGCGAUACAAGGUCACCUGUUGUUCUUAUUGAGUAUGAUGAGAUCUGCCAAACCCUUCAAUAUGAGAAGACAGUACAAAAGACAGACUUUGCCGCACUCUACAAAACCCGCCUUACAACGUUCUUGAGCACAUUUCCUGUGUUUAACGUUCUAACGUGUAUCUUCCUCACAGUCUUCUGCCAAGUAAGCGGUAACAAUAUUGUUUCAUAUUAUCUUGGUGAUGUCCUCACGUCAAUUGGUAUCAAAGAGACACAAACCCAAUUAGGAAUCAACAUUGGUUUGAGCGCCUUCAAUCUGUUUUGUGCAGGUGCUGGUGCAAUCUUGGCUGAUCCAAUCGGACGGCGUAAGAGUUUCCUUGGCUCAACGACCAUCAUCUCAUUCAUGCUUAUCAUCAUCGCUGUUCUCACAAAACUAUACGGUAACAGCCCCACCACGUCAACAUCAGCAGCUCAGGUUGCUCUAAUUUUCCUCUUCUACGGCACAUACUCUUUUGUGUGGACCCCUCUAGCGACCUUGUAUCCAGUUGAAGUACUUUCUUACUCUAUGCGAGGUAAUGGUCUGGGCUUCUACAGCGGAGUCGUCUACGCUACCGCAUUCCUCAACACUUUUGCUAUUCCAUAUGCUAUGGAAUGGUCUAGUUGGGGUUUCUAUCUUAUCACCGCCAUGUGGAACUUGGCGUUUGAGUUGCCCAUCAUGUACUUCUACUUCCCGUCCACUGAGAGGAAGACACUGGAGGAGAUCGACAUCAUUUUCGAGGGCAUCAAACAUUCUAACAUAGAUAUCUCUGUGCAUGAUGUCAUGCGCAGGGGUGUUCUAGUGCCAGGUGACAAGAUCACCACCGUGGAACAGGAAGAAAGGGAUUAG